CCGCUGGUCAGAAUCCAGGAUAUGAACUACACCGAACCGCUGUGGGAGAUCAAUGGAAACCAAGCACCAGUAAUUACAGCGGAUAUGUCGCAAUACGUCAGCGGCGAACUCGGAAGUUAUCCGAUGUGGGACAGCUCCGUUUUGUACCAAGCAACACCUCCUUCACACUCUCAUGUAAACGAACAUGGAUUAUAUAGACAACCCUGUGCAUUAUUACAUCAGAGUCGCUACACACCUAAUGGUAGGUCUCCAAAUCUUCCAUCGUCCACUACAAAGAAACCAAGACGUCGUGUGGCGACUGUUUCACAAAGAAGAGCAGCAAACAUUCGUGAGAGACGUAGAAUGUUCAAUUUGAAUGAAGCCUUUGACAAAUUACGUAGAAAAGUACCGACUUUUGCGUAUGAAAAACGGCUUUCAAGGAUCGAAACUCUGCGUUUGGCUAUUACCUACAUUGCUUUUAUGGGAGAACUGCUUGGAAUCGAACCGAGUAGUCCAAAGCCAGAAUAUAUUCCAAGGGAAUACUAUCUCCCGAAUUAA